CAUCAACACACACAUCAUGUCUACUCUUUUCUCCAUCCACUCCCAUCUUCCCUCUAAUUACCAUUUUUCUUUCUCUUCUUCUCUGUUCUCUCAUCCAUUCUCCAAAUCCUCUUUAUGUUAUGUGUCAUUUAUGGCUAAAGACAAACAACACAAAAGAUGCAGAGCUAUGUCCAAAUCAAGAUCUCAGGAAUAUGAAGAAGUAUUUCAAACUAAUGUAGAAACAUUAAAGUUGAGUGAGAUUAAUGUGGAGGAUAUCAUAGUCAUGGAUGAUGAUGAGGAGCAAGAUAUUAGGAAGGUUGGUUUAGUGAACAAAAUAAAAACAAUAUUAAGUUCAUUGGAAGAUGGAGAGAUAACUAUAUCUGCGUAUGAUACUGCUUGGGUUGCUCUUGUUGAAGAUGUUGAUGCUAUUGGCACCCCUCAAUUUCCUUCUAGUUUAGAGUGGAUUGCAAAAAAUCAACUUCAAGAUGGUUCAUGGGGUGAUAGUCAACUGUUUUUGGCUCAUGAUCGAAUCAUUAACACGUUGGCUUGUGUUAUCGCGUUAAGAUCGUGGAAUAUGCACCCAGAAAAGUGCGACAAAGGAAUAAUAUUUUUUAAAGAGAAUCUCGGCAAGCUUGAGAAUGAUAAUGAGGAGCAUAUGACAAUUGGGUUUGAAGUUGCUUUCCCUUCACUUCUUGAAAGAGCAAGAGGAUUAAACAUUGAUGUGCCAAAUGAUUCUCCAAUAUUGAAAAACAUAUUUGCAAAAAGAGAUGAAAAACUCAAAAGAAUACCAAGAGAGAUAAUGCAUAAAGUGCCAACGACAUUGCUAUUUAGCUUGGAAGGCAUGUCAGGCUUGGAUUGGAAACAACUUCUAAAAUUGCAAUCACAAGAUGGAUCAUUCUUGUUUUCUCCAUCUUCCACAGCUUUUGCAUUAAUGCAAACUAAAGAUAGAAAUUGCCUCAAAUACUUGAAUAAUAUUGUCAAAAAGUUCAAUGGAGGAGCUCCAAAUGUGUAUCCUGUGGAUUUAUUUGAACAUGUUUGGGUUGUUGAUCGUCUUGAACGCCUUGGAAUAUCUCGAUAUUUUCAUCAUGAGAUCAAAGAUUUAAUGAAUUAUGUUUUCAGAUAUUGGACUGAAAAGGGAAUUUGUUGGGCAAAAAAUUCAAAUAUUCAAGAUCUUGAUGAUACAUCAAUGGCUUUCCGGUUACUUAGAUUACAUGGCCAUCCAGUUUCAGCAAAUGUAUUUAAGCACUUCGAGAGAAAUGGUGAAUUUUUCUGUUGUGCUGGUCAAUCCACACAAUCCGUGACAGUAAUGUAUAAUCUGUAUAGAGCCACUCAAGUUCUUUUUCCUGGAGAGGAAAUUCUUCAACACGCCAAACACUUCUCUACCAAAUUUUUGAAGGAAAAGAAAGAAACAAAUGAACUCAUAGAUAAAUGGAUCAUAAUGAAGAAUCUUCCUGCAGAGGUGGCUUAUGCAUUGGACAUUCCAUGGUAUGCAAACUUAGGUCGUGUGGAGGCAAGAUUCUAUAUUGAUCAAUAUGGUGCUGAGAGUGACGUAUGGAUUGGCAAAACUCUUUAUAGGAUGUCUUAUCUGAACAACAACAAUUAUCUCGAGUUUGCUAAAUUAGACUACAACAAUUGUCAAGCGCAACAUUUGACCGAGUGGAGUAUGAUUCAAAAAUGGUACUUAGAAUCUAGAUUGAGCGAAUUUGGAUUGAGCAAAAGGGAUCUUCUAUUGGCCUAUUUUUUGGCUGCAGGAAGCAUAUUUGAGCCUGAAAGAUCCCAUGAGAGACUUGCAUGGGCAAAAUCUGCAGCUUUGCUUGAGACAAUCACAUCUUAUAUUAAGGAUGGAGAUUUGAGGAAAGAUUUUGUGAAAAACUUCAAUGACUACAUCAACCGGCGAGACUAUCCUAUUGACGGGAGUUUGAGGAGGAACAAAACAAAAAAUGAACUUGUUGAGGUCCUAGUUGCAACCAUAGAUCAAAUAGCUAGGGAUAUAUGUUUGUCUUAUGGUCAUGAAAUUGGAUAUGAAAUGCAUCAAUGUUGGGGAAAGUGGCUUUCAAAUUGGCAAAGUGAAGGAGACAGAAGGGAGGGAGAAGGAGAGCUUUUGGUACAAAUAAUUAACCUAAGUUCUAACCAUGGCAUUUCUGAGGAACAAAUAUGCAAUCCACAAUACAAGCAUCUUCUUCAACUCACCAACUCUAUAUGCCAUCAACUUAGUUGCUAUCAAAAGGACAAGGAUCUUGAGAGCAACAGCAGCAAUAUGCAUGAAAACAUCACCACUUCAAAAGUAGAGUCCAAAAUGCAAGAACUUGUACAAAUGGUGUUUCAAAAAUAUCCAAAUGACAUUGAUUUCAAUAUCAAGAAUACAUUUCUCACAGUUGCAAAGAGUUUUUACUACGUAGCUUUAUGUGAUUCAAGGACCAUUAACUUUCAUAUUUCGAAAGUUCUCUUUGAUAAAGUCGUUUAAUCAAAUUUAAUGACUUAUAGGUAUUAAAUUUCAC